GAAAUAGACACCUGCGUCCCGCCUCGCACGACCGCUGCGUGGAAAACCUUGUCUCUCCUCAGUGGGAUUCCUCCCAGCAUCGGGCGAGAUGGCCGUUCACAUUCCGGACGACUCAGACUUCUCAUCAUUUAAGGAUCAGUGCCUCGGUACCCAAGGCUGGACCCGCCGCUACCACAAGGGAGGGAUCACCGUGUGGUGCUGCCCCGACGACGGCGUCAACACCAUCCAGAAGAUCAAGAUGAAAAUCGUGUGCAAGGACGUGAGUGGCGAGACGCUGUACGACGUCCUGCACGACACGAACUACCGCAAGAAGUGGGACAGCAACAUGAUCGACACAUACGACAUCGGCCGGCUAACCGUCAACGCUGACGUCGGCUAUUACUCCUGGAGGUGUCCCAGUCCACUGAAGAAUCGAGACUUUGUGACGUUGAGGUCAUGGCUUCCUCUUGGCAGCGACUUCCUGAUCAUCAACCACUCCGUCAAACACGCACAACAUCCUCCAAAGAAUGACUUUGUCCGCGCCGUCUCUCUGCUCACCGGGUACUUCAUCCAGUCCAGCGGAGCAGACAGCUCGUCUCUGUACUACCUCAGCCAGCUCGACCCGCGAGGUUCUUUACCAAAGUGGGUGGUGAACAGAGUCUCUCAGUUUGUGGCUCCCAAGGCAAUGAGGAGGAUCUACAAGGCAUCUCAGAAGUAUCCCGAAUGGAAGCGGAAGCACAAUCCCAACUUGAAGCCGUGGAUGUUUCCAGAGCAGAACACGCUGCCGUGCAUCCGUCUGUCCGAGCUGACGCUGCAACGCGCCGACUCGUUGGAAAACAUAGACGAGAGCGGCCUGAGCGAGGACAAGGCCAAGCACAGUGAUGACGACGAGACUUGA